AUGGCGGUAGUCAGCCGCCUUGCAAGAUCUACAACAUUCAAAAUUUCAUCCCUAAUUCCAACCAUAAUAUCUCGUAAAUUUACAUCAUCAUCUCUUACUUCCGAAACUACCCUUCAUUCUCCUUCCUCUUGGAAUGAUACUUCCAAUAACAAUGGUAGAAAUCCCUUGAAAUUGGGUAAGGGUAGAGAUGUUCACUGGGUUUUUCUGGGUUGUCCUGGUGUUGGUAAAGGCACUUACGCUACUCGUCUUUCGAAGCUUCUCGAUGUUCCUCAUAUUUCUACUGGUGAUUUGGUUCGUGAUGAGCUCGCUUCCUCUGGUUCUCUCUCUCCUAAGAUUGCAGAGAUAGUCAACUCGGGGAAGCUGUUGUCAGACGAAAUUAUAGUGGAUCUGUUGUCCAAGCGUCUUGAAGCUGGAGAAGCCAAGGGUGAAUCCGGAUUUAUUCUUGAUGGUUUUCCUCGUACAGUUAGACAGGCGGAAAUUUUGGAGGGGGUUAUUGAUAUUGACUUGGUGGUGAAUCUUAAGCUCCGUGAAGAGGCCUUACUUGCAAAAUGCCUUGGUAGAAGAAUCUGUAGUCAGUGUGGUGGAAACUACAAUGUUGCAUGCAUUGACAUCAAGGGUGACGAUGAAAGCCCUGGAAUGUACAUGGCUCCUCUUCUUCCUCCAGCUGAAUGUGCCUCAAAGCUUAUCAGUCGCGCUGAUGAUAAAGAAGAAGUUGUGAGGGAGAGACUCCGGAUAUACGAUGAAUUGACUCGACCUGUGGAGGAAUUUUAUUGCAAGCGGGGCAAACUGUUGCAGUUUGAUCUUCCUGGUGGAAUUCCAGAAUCCUGGCCAAAGUUGCUGCACGCUUUGAAUCUUGAUGAUCAUGAAGACGAUCAAUCUGCUGCAGCUUGAAUCCCAUUAGAUAAUUUUCUAUACCACAUUUGUCUAGAUUAGUGAUCAUUUUUUUUGCAAACAAUGUAUAGUUAAUAGAAGUAUUAAAUUAAUGUAUGAAUCAGAUAUUACUUGAAAUAAAUUCCUGGAAUUGAAGUGGCACCAUUAGUAUACUAUUGUUGUCAAAAUAUCUAUUCAAAAGGAGAAAAAAAAUAAUGAAAAUUUGUCCUUUGAAUCUAGUAGUGAUAUAAUAUGAUUAUCAUAAUGAAUUUAAUAAGAA